CUCCCUACUGACAUCACCGCUUAUACUACGCAUGCUCAGUCGCACAUCCGGGCCUUAGGAAGGCUGUGGUGUGUUAGUGCUGCGGCCUGUGCUCUCCUCGCUGUCACCAAUGAGUAAUAGUUUCCCCCAAUCUUCAGUAACCACAGCCACACAUCUAGAGGGGAGGGGGGAGGCGGGCGCUGCUGGUUCUCCUUACAGACUGCGCUGCAUACAAGCCGUCCCCGCCCCUGUCUGUGGCUUCCCGUCAGUGUGCUAACGCAGGCGCAGUUCAGAGUCGGUGUGAUGGCGGCCGCGGUACUGGCCGAGAGUUCUGCCGUGCCCGGAUACUCUGCGGCGGUGUUUAAUGGACACGGUGUGCCUAGCGCCCCCAGUGCGGGCCCCGCUGCCUGGAACCGUUCCUUGGAGAGAGCUCUGGAGGAGGCGGCGGUCACCGGAUCCCUGAACCUGAGCGGCAGGAAAUUGAGAGAGUUUCCUCGGAGUGCCGUCCGCCAGGACCUCAGUGAUACCACCCAGGCCGAUCUGUCUCGGAACAGGCUGUCGGAGAUCCCUGCUGAGAUCUGCCAUUAUGUUUCCCUGGAAAGCCUAAAUCUUUACCAGAACUGUAUCCGCUAUGUGCCAGAAGCUACUCUUAACCUGCAAGCCCUGACCUUCCUUAAUCUCAGUCGAAACCAACUUACUUCACUUCCGGGGCACAUCUGCAGUCUACCUCUGAAAGUUCUUGUAGCAAGUAACAACAAGCUGGACUCCUUGCCAGAGGAGAUUUGUCUUCUGAGACACCUGACAGAACUGGAUGUGAGUUGCAAUGAGAUCCAGACAAUUCCUAUCCAAAUUGGCAAAUUAGAAUCUUUACGCGAUCUCAAUAUUAGAAGAAACCACUUGCAGCAGCUGCCAGAGGAACUUGCAGAUUUGCCACUGGUUCGGUUAGAUUUUUCGUGCAACAAAGUCACAAGUAUUCCAGUAUGUUACCGAAAUCUGCGUCACCUCCAGACCAUUAUCUUGGACAACAAUCCCCUGCUGUCCCCUCCAGCUCAGAUUUGCAUCAAAGGUAAAAUUCAUAUAUUUAAAUACCUGAAUAUAGAAGCUUGCAAAAAUGCUUCGGAUCUACCAGAGUUUGACCGAAGACCUCUAGGAUUCAGUUCAUGCCAUGAUGAUGUAUACCCCAGUCGCUCCUAUGGUGCCUUGGACUCUGGCUUUAACAGUGUAGACAGUGGAGACAAACGGUGGUCUGGGAAUGAGCCUACAGAUGAAUUCACAGACCUUCCUUUAAGGACUUCUGACUCGAGUAAAGAGCAACGGUUACGGAGAGAUCACAUCCAGGAAUCAAGGGGCAACCCAGUCAUUGCAAAUGGUGGUGUGGAGCAUGAUCUGGAUCAGAUUGACUACAUUGAUAGCUAUGCAACAGAAGAGGAAGAGGAGGAUGUAAGGCAGUCCAAAGGCGAUAGUCUAAGUUCACAAUUUAUGGCAUAUAUAGAAGAGCGACGGGCAACACAUGAGAACUCACCUUUGAAACAAAACUCAAGGGAAUUUCAGAGGCCAGAAGAUGGAAGGAGACAUUUAUACCAAAGCAGAAUCUCAGAAGAGCCAAGAAGACCAGAAUCUCUGAGUUUAACAAAUAGACAAAGGCAGCCAUCUCCUCGCAGCCACAAUGAGAGGACUCAGUUGGAUGCUAUGUAUCUUAUUGCACUGACAAAAAGUCCUAACCAGACGGAUACAGACCAGCGUAGGCGAGAUUUGCUAGAAUCCACCAGGAGGGAGGCACAACUAGCGGCCCAGCAGUAUGAGGAGCAGAGGAUAAGGGACAGUUUAACGCACUCAGACUCUUUAAAUCAGAAAGCACUGAGUCCAGAGAAACAGAGCCCAUUGGAUAUUGAGUGUUCCCUACCAUCCAGACGCUCUCAGCACACAGAUGAUAGUGCCCUUUUAGUGAAUGGCUUUGAGCCACACUUUGUCUUUGAGAUUGACUGUAACACCAAUACCAUAAAAAGGAGGCCAGGAAGCCACAUCCAGAGUGAUGAGAGGUCAUCGGUCACGCCUGUAUCACCCUCCUUGCAAACAAUAAAUUUGUCCUCACCAGCAACUGUCUUGCCAUUCCGAAACUCACCUCAGCGCCCUGAAAGCUUCUUAUUCAGAGCUGCAGUUCGAGAGGAUAAUAAAAGAAGUAACACUCCACCGCUAACUGCUCCAACGAGUGACGGCUUAAACUCUGGAUCCAGUCAAUGCUCUACAAUUCAGCAAGAGGAGCAGGAAAUAACAGAUCAGCUCAGAAAGAACAUAGAGUCACGGUUAAAGUUAUCACUUCCUAAUGACCUAGGAGCAGCUCUGACAGACGGGGUGGUUUUGUGUCAUCUAGCCAAUCAUGUUCGGCCAAGAUCUGUGCCUAGCAUCCAUGUUCCCUCACCGGCUGUUCCCAAGCUUACUAUGGCAAAAUGCAGGAGAAAUGUGGAAAACUUCCUAGAAGCCUGCAGGAAAAUUGGUGUCCCCCAGGACAAAGUUUGUCUCCCUUCAGAUAUUCUUCAGCUAAAGCUCUGCAACGUUAAGGGGACUCUGGAAAGUCUCCUCUCAUUUGGAGAAGGCUCACAACCACCUGCUCUCUUCCACCUCCUGGGCUUUGGGGUUUUUUACUGCACCCUUAUGCUUCUCCUCUACCUGCUCUAUCGCUGGCUUCUUACCUUCUGGACACAGGCAUGAAGACAGGGGAACCAGCUUACUAACCUUUGUUGGGGUGGGUGUGAUCGUGAUGCUCCCAUUCAGUUCCUCCACAAUUUGCAAUGCUAUAAAGCACAAUCCAGUGUUAAGCUUCGGCUAUCCAAUAAUCCUACUGCCACCAAAGCCAACAGUGCAAAACAGUAUGACCUCUACAACUGUGAUUUACUGGUGAAUGUUCAGGCUAGAAAUAACUCUUCUAUUCAUUUUUCUUAUGGUCCAUUUUGUAGUAAGCUGCCUUUUUCAGCAGUGGAGUACUGAAUGUGGCAAAAAGCCCACUAAUCCAUGGAUAAACAACUUGACUACUGUUAGCUUGCUUCAACUCUUGUGCCUCUGCCAAAAGCUGGACUUGAUUUUUUAUUUGUAUUUUCUUCCAGCUUCAAAGAGCAACAAAUAUAUUCUGUUCAGGCAAAUAAACUGUUUACUCCAGGCCAUUGGUUUACAUGCGCAUUGGUUGUCCGAUACCAGUCCCGUGUAUUUCAGUAAUAACACAGUUUAAACAAGAUGCUGGUGCUUUUUAAAAUUGGAUCGCAUAUUUGCAAUCUUAGACUUCCUAUGAAAACGUCAGAUUUUCCUUGAAUAUCUAUGGGAUAGCUGUUACUUUACCCAACUUCAGGUCCUGAGGACAUAAUAGUACAUGCCAGGCAGGCUGUAAAAUAAGAGUGAAUGUAUGUACCUUACUGAAGCCUGUGCACUGCUGCCCAGCAACUGCAUGUAUCCCACGUUCAGGUGUGUAGCAUACAUAUUGCCCCACCACAUUCUUUUGGUUCCUCCUGCCAGCUAGUAUAUCACUUGGCUGGGGAGUGGUGAAUUUGUGGCUUAACAUGCACACAGUGUAUUCACUCUUUAUUACAUCCAACCUUGCGUGAAGAUGUGUGUUGCUUUAAUGGUCACAGCACAGAGGAUCCCAUUUUUAAAGUGGGGUUAUGGCAUUUACUGUGGCCAUACUGUUAUUUAUUUUUUUGGUUUUUUUUUAUGGAUUUCUAACUCUAGCUGCCUGCACCCUGAAUGAUCUAAAGGCGUAAGAAUGUGUAUACAUGAUUUGCUCUGAAAACUACCUAAAAAAUGAAUACAAAUGUGAUAAAACGUUGCAAUAAAAAUCUCUAUCAAAAAUGUGUAAAAAGAAAAAGUGAUAAUAAUAACUUGCCCAAAACAGCUCAUAUGUUGCACACAAAUGUACAAAAUAUAUCCCCAGUAGUGCAAAAUCACUAAAAAUUGUCACUGCUCUUUUUUUUUUUUUUUUACCUCCAAAAAAAUGUGCAUUUUAUUUUUUUUCAAAAGGUGAGCUUUAGUUUGUUUUUGCUGAUGAGCGUUUACCCAGUAGGAGAAGGCGGAGGGUUGUGUGGUUUCACUUGGAGCACGCUUUCAUUGAAGAAGCUUGAUUUUUGCACUACUAUUUUACUAUUACUAUACUGUGUGUUUUUUUUUUUUUGUUUUUUGUUUUUUCACUUGGGACUAUUUAUACGUUUUGGUCUUCAUUUGAAUAUUUUUUACAAUUUAUUUGUGUGCAACAUAUGAACGUUUUUGGAUAACACAAGUUGAUUUUGGAUAGAUUAUUGGCACUUGUAUACACACAUUUUCACUUUUUUUUUAUAUAAACAUUCUAUGAGCUUUGUAUAGAUUUUUAUGUAGUUUUCAGACCAGCACAUUUAUACACACAUUUUUUUUUUUUUGGUUUGUGUAUUUAAAGCACAGCCAUGUGUUUUAUGAAUGUGCAUUAUACCUAACUUCAGAAUUUGAAAACAAGUGAAGCUCCAUUCAUUUUAAUGCAUGUAAGAAAGUGUCAGGAGGAGGAGAACCCAGUUACAGUAUGUUAACUGGCCUUCGUGUGAUCAGCCUCUCCUGUGCAAUGCAGAAAAUACACCAUGGGGACAAUGCAAGAUUUACACAGCAGCCUGCAUUUUAUGAAUACCAAAGAGUAAGCAGGGUUUUGGGUGGUAAGCACCGGUUUCUUUUUUAAAGCGGAACUAUGCUUACCUUAAUUCCAGCAAUGCGCUAUCCUUGGACUACCCACUGGAUGCUGGCGUCUUUGAUCGUCCUGCUUUUAGGGUCUCGCUUGCCAGCCACUUUCAUUGGCUGGGCCGAGAUUAUGUCACUCCCCCGCAUGCAUAGGAGUUCUGUCGGCUUCGGCAUUGCUGAAUUUGUGCAUUGAGCUGCACGUGCGCAGCCUACUGUACAGGGGCGGACAGACAGGUAGGUAGCUUUAAUGCAAAAGAGACAAAUCAUGUCUCUUCUGCAUUAAAAAUCCUGCCUGUCUGCCCACUUUAAUUUUCUAGCAUGAAGUUCCAAUUUAAACUAGUGUGUGAAAUUGAAACCCUUUAACAUCAUACGUAUUCAGAUCUCUAUUGAAAAGCCAUCUGUUAUGAGUGCUUAAAGUAAUGUUAAUCUUUUUGAAAAUACUUGCUGCCUGGCUGUCAUACUAAUCCACUUUCUCAAAUACUACUGACUCAAAAACAAAUAUUCAGAUCAGAACUUUAAACAUUGUUCUUUAUGAUCUGCAUAUUACCAAAUUGUUUUAAUAUUAAGAGCAACAUGACAACCAGAAAACUAGAAUUUUUAGUGGCAUUCUUGUAUUUCUGUUAUGACCAAUUUAUUUUGAACUCUAGAUAGCUGUGUAAGCAGUUGGCAUAUUUAGUUCUCAUGGUGGGUAAAGAUGUAAGAAGAUAAAUAAUGGGCAUUAGCAAACCAGGAAAUGGAUCUCGUUACUGAGAGCAAGAAUUCAUAUAUAUAUAU